UGUGCUUGUUCUCAAGUUGAGCUAAGGCCAAAAGGCAACUUGCACUAAAUUAAGUAAAAACUCAAAACAUCAUGGUUGCAAACAAUGAACUCGCCUGCGUUUACGCUUCCCUCAUCUUAGCCGACGACGACGUCGCAAUAACCGGCGAAAAGAUUCAGACCAUUCUUAAAGCCGCAAGCGUCGACGUCGAGCCUUACUGGCCCGGUUUGUUCGCAAAGGCCCUCGAAGGCAUUAACGUCAAGGACUUGAUAACCAAAAUCGGUGCCGGUGCAGGUUCGGCUCCUGCAGGCGGUGCUGCUCCAGCCGGUGGCGCACCGGCCGCCGCUCCAGCAGCGGCCGCUGCCAAGGAAGAAAAGAAGAAGGAAUCCGAACCGGAAGAAUCAGACGACGAUAUGGGUCUUGGACUCUUUGAUUAAACGUACAAAUUUCUUAAUUUUUGUACUGUAAAUAGUUUUAAGAAAUAAACAACUUUUUUUCUUG